AUGCUCGUUUUCUGGAUAUACUCGAAUACCCUGCACUGCUACAUUUUGAUGCAUCUUAAAGACACCCUCAAAUUACCGAUAAUUCACUGUGACUAUGGCAGGGAAGGGAGGGCAUCCAACCGGCUGGGAGAAGUCGCGUUUGUCACAACACGUGACCGUGAUUAUGUUGACUCCGAGUUCUUUCGAAAUUCUUUACAACUUGAACCACCACCGCUAUUGGGCAAGACGUUCAAGAUGAUUGACGUCCGAGACGCAACGAAGCUCAUCCGUGAAAUGUUGCCCAUCAUGGACCCCGAUGAAGACUACAUGACUAUCGUCGCUGCUGAGGAGAAAUUCAAAGAAUCAGAAGCAGCGCGGAAGAAGGAGUUGGAAGAGGCGCUUGGAAAUUUAAAAGCACUUGCAAAAAUAUUGGAAGCCGCCCGCAUAUCUUCAACAAGACCAGCCUCUGUUCCCUCAGAGCAAGCCCAUGCAGCGACCUUGAAUGAACUGGAUAGCAGUCGGCUGUCUCUCGCCAAAUCCAUUAGUGAUGCUGAAGCUCUUCUGGCGAGCAAGGAAGCCGAGUUGGCGGCGCUGAAGGAGGAGGCACGAAUGUUGGAGGUAUAUGACCCUGCAUCCGAGCACGAGAAGGAACUGGACGGCAGCGCACUGCGGCUGGCAUUCUACAAAGGACUCGGAUUCGAUCCAGUGGUGGAGAAGGAUGGGAAUGUGAAGAAAAUGUUCAUUCGAUCUCAAUCAGGGGAUGUCCACUCAGCUGAUUUCACCUCUGGUCUUAGUGAUUUUGAAUUUACCCAACACCUCUGGAAACUUGUCAAUUCAUGA